AUGACAGACCAAGGACAGCUCAUCUACGUAGCUUCUCAGCUCCAAGCAAGCUUUGGCGCAGACGCACAGGCGAGAAGGGCUGCCGAGAGAGCUUUGCAAGACUUGCAGUCCCAGCCGGGAUAUGGUCAACUCUUGCUCACUCUCGCACAGUCUGACCGACUCGACGGCGCUGCUCCUUCCUCCUCAAGCGGCGUACAGCUUGACAGAUCAGUCAGACAAGGCGCAACGCUGCUCUUCAAGAACUGGGUCAAGCUCAACUGGGACAGGGAGGAUGCACCGUACUCGAUUUCAGCGGCAGACAGAGCGGAGAUCAAGACACAGAUCGUCGCCGUCAUGAUCUCGCUCUCUGCCCUGCCGGCCUUGCAGAUACAGCUAGGUGAGGCCAUCUCUCUCAUUGCAGAGUCCGACUUUCCCGAGCACUGGUCGGAGCUCUUCGACUCCCUCAUCGCUGCGCUCAGUCCAGACGACUAUGUCCUCAACAACGGCGUCCUCCAGACAGUCCAUUCGAUCUGCAAACGAUGGCGCGCACAAUUUAGAUCAGACGGCCUUUUCCUCGAGAUCAAAUAUGUUCUCGAGCGCUUCUGUCCGCCUUAUCUGCACCUCUUCCAGCAAGUCGAUACGCUGUUGUCAUCCCCUGAAGCUCUCCCUGCACCGCGUGACCCGAUGACACUGUCACGAACGCUCUUGCUGCUCUUGCAGAUCUUCUACGACCUCAACUCGCAAGAUUUGCCAGAGUACUUCGAAGAUCACCAAACAGCCUUCAUGACACUUCUCGUCAAAUAUCUGGAUUGGGACCGUCCAGAGCUGCAUCUCAACGAAGAUGAAGACGAAGCCGGUCCGCUGGAGAAGAUCAGAUCGAGUAUCUGCGAGAUCGUCGAGCUCUACACUCUGCGAUAUCUCGACGUCUUUGAGCAUAUGGAGCAGUUCGUCGGUACGACUUGGAACCUGCUCACGACUAUCGGUCAAUCUCAGAAAUAUGACGUCCUUGUGAGCAAAGCAACACGGUUCUUAUCCGUCGCGGUCAGGAUGCCCUCCAAGCGCGCACUCUUCGAAUCGCCCGAUACGUUGCAGAGCAUGUGCGAGCGCAUCAUACUGCCCAGUAUGACUUUGAGAGAAUUUGAGGAAGAAAUGUUCGAAGAGGAUCCGCCGGAGUAUGUACGCAGAGAUCUCGAGUCUAACGCGGAGAGCGAUACUCGGAGACAGGCAGCAACAGAGUUCACCCGGGCUUUGAUGGAGCAAUUUUCCGAGCAAGUGACAGCCAUCAUCACGCGCUACAUCGCCGCAUACCUCCAGCAAUACAAAGAGGAUCCAGCAGGACAGUGGCGCAGCAAAGACACUGCGAUCUACCUGCUCACUUCGAUCGCUUCGACGACCUCGACUAUGCAGCACGGCGUCACAUCGACUAACUCGCUCGUCAAUGUCUCUUCAUUCUUCAGUGAUCACAUACUACCCGAUCUUCAAGCGAGUGCCAACGUGCAUCCCAUCAUUCUGGCAGAUGCGAUCAAAUUCGUCUAUGCCUUCCGAAGUCAACUCACGCGAGAACAGCUGCUCAGCGUCAUCUCGCCCCUGGGUCACCAUCUCGGCGCGCAAAGCUACGUACUGCACACAUACUCAGCAGUGACGAUAGAGCGCAUCCUCUUCGUGAGGGUCAGAGGGCGAUCAGUGAUCACACAGCAAGACCUGCAGCCUUCCGCAAACACUUUGCUUAUUACAGCCUUUUCCGUCAUCGAGCGAGGCAACUCUCCCGAGAUGCUUGCUUCCAACGAGAGUCUCAUGAAAUGCGUAAUGCGGACCAUCUUGACCACUCGAGAGGGCUUAGCGCCGAACGUAUCGAUAUUGCUACAGCAUCUGACGAACAUCAUCGUCGAGAUCAGCAAGAAUCCGAGCAAUCCACGCUUUAAUCACUACACCUUCGAAAGCGUCGCAGCUCUCGUGCGAUUCAUGGUAGCCGCCCAACCUGAUCUCCUCAGUAGCUUUGAGGGCGCUUUGUUUCCGCCCUUUGAGUACAUCCUCGCGCAGGAUGUCAACGAGUUUACGCCCUUUGUCUUCCAGAUCCUGUCGCAGUUGCUCGAACUGCACACGGACGAUCUGCCGGCCACCUAUCUGAGCCUACUCGAUCCGCUCCUUGCGGGCACUUUAUGGACUCAACGGGGCAACGUACCGGCGCUUGCUCGACUCUUGCGAGCCUUCCUCGCUCGUGGAGCAUCCGAUGUUGUGUCUAAUGGCAAAUUGCCGGCGAUACGGGACAUCAUUCGCUAUCUCAUCAACGGCAAAGCCAACGAUGCUUACACAUGCGAUCUUGUCGAGGCUCUCUUCGAGACUGUGCCCACACCGGCACUCGAGCCGUAUUUGCGCGAUUUGCUCAUCCUCAUGCUUACUCGACUGACAUCAAGCAAGACACCUACCUUUGUGCAAGCUUUCAUUCGUACGAUCCUAUUCCCGAUCGCAGUCGGCAAGCCUGGCCUCUCGGCCGAUGAGCUCAUUGCGCAGAUCGAAGCAAUCCAGCCCGGACUGUUCGUACAAAUGCUGCAAGCGAUACUGCCAGAUGCUCAGAAGGCGCCGAUGAAGAAUCGCAAGAUCAUCGAAGUCGGCUUGUCCGGUCUGCUGAGUACGUCUCAAAGGCUGCAGACGCCGCCCAUGUCGAAUGCCUGGCCGGGCACGCUGACGACACUGUUGAAGCUCUUCCUGCAGCAUGCAGAUCUGACAUCAACCGGCCAAGAAGCAGAGGACGACAUCGUCAUCGCCGAUCUGGAAGAGUUCGGCUACCAAGCCUCCUUCUCCCGACUUGGAGCUGCCGAUAUCAAGCGAGUCGACCCAGUCGCAUCCAUCAUCGACACGCGAGCACACUUUGCGCAAGCUCUCGCUGGAGCAAGUCGAGCCACGCCAGGCAAGCUACCGCCGAUGAUUGCAGCAGUCGCGCAAGACCUCAGGGGACCUUUUGAAGCAUACCUGCUUCAGCAAGAUCUGAGAAUUCUCAUCAUCGGCGCUUCAAGCUUGAUGCAGAGACGACGUAUAUUAGCACCGAAGCGAUGCUCAGGUCCACAGGCACGCUACGAGACAUUGUCCCUGUCGACUGUCCGAUACGCGAGCUUGGAGCCACUUGCUGCCUCUAGCCUGAGAUCGGUCUUGGUCAUGCUGGAACACUUGGGCGCGUCCCAGCUGCCUGCAAUGCUGAUCAAGCGCGACGCUGCCAGCACUCGACAGCCUGCUGCUGGCAAGAUGCCGACCAAGGAGAGCUUCACGCUGACUCGCGAUGACAUGCUGAACGACAUGGCGAAGCUCUCUAGCUCGUCAGCCGUCGCCAAAUCGUUCGACAGUCUAUCGGAUCGUCCUCUCCAUCAGCAGCCUCAAACGGCCUCGAUCACCUCAACAGAGGAAGCGAGGGAGUUGCUCGAGCGCUAUCAGGCCAUGCCAGCACGAGCCACACCCGAGCAAUCGAUGGCCCUGGCUGCACACUUUGUCCGUUCAGGCAGAGAUCUGCUGGACAAGGCAACGCUGAACGAGCAGUUGGGCGUCAAGAUCGAGAGCACCAUGCGCAACAUUCACGAUCUCAGGAGCGGUCUGGGCGCAUAG